UGAAAAGUCGUACCUCUAAACUUCACCGUCUUCUUUACUUUCUCGCCAACCCAAUGUAUCAGUAGUUUAGAAUCACCAUUUAUCUUUUAUCCUCUUUCUGGACACUUAAACAGCCGCACGUGGCUGUUUUCUCCCUCGAAAAGUUCCGUUUUGUGCACUCCAGGUACGACUACAGGACGCCAUCGUCAAUUUCCAAUAUGGCCGGGAUGAAACCAAGAGCUGGAAGCUACCUCGAAUUAGAAAUCCCACGAAGAAAAAACUCACUGGAUGUAGCUCCUAAUGCUGUACUCUCUCCAGUAGCAGAGUUAACAUUGAAUUUUGAGAACAGCUUAGGAAGGACUCCCAAAAGAAAGCUUUCUUUGUCCUUAAAUGAUCCUUCGACGCCAACCACGGGUUUUCAGAGGUCGCUUUCGACAGUUUCCAACGAGUCAGGUUACUGUCCCGAUUCUCCGCUAGGAUUUUUAUGUGACUCACCUUCGACCGAAAUGCUAAAGGCAAACGCCGAAAAGAAAAAGCAAAGGAGACCUUCAUUCAAGAGGUGGAACUCAUUGCCAGUCAAAACCGAAGAGGAUCCUUAUGCUGAAAACAAAGAGAACAUCGAAUUAAACUUUAAUGCAGUCCAAGAUGCUGAUAAAAAGUCUGCAGGAAGUGUUUUCACCCUGGAAAACAGAGACUUCAAGUUUGCCCGACCAAAGGGUCCAGUUGGUGGAAGGAAAUUAUCAGCUAAUAAUUUACCUGGAAGAUCUCUUUCUGAACCAUCACCUAGGGUGCAGUCACAGGAAUUGCAUGUUCCACCUUCUCCAUCUGAGUGUGAUAGUCAAGAUAGUGGAGGAGACUUUGAUUUCAAAUUAGAUGGUGAUGAUGAUGGAUUUAUUGAUGACUUUGUCCAGGAACAGUCUAAAGAGGAAAAUAGCUUAGAGGUUCCAUCUGGAAUUACAGAACUUGUUAGUGGGCCACUGGUGACUAAAGAGGAGGAGGCUGAUGAUUCAAGGAAGUCCACCAAUGAUACACCAAAGGCUUCAGACUCUGGUUAUAAACCUAGAGACCUAUUUAAUGCUGGAAGAGACAGGGCUCACUCUGUCGCAUCAGAGAGCCCAACAAAAGAACGAUGCACAAUGAGACAGAAGUCAAAAUCUUUAGCUCUUAAGAGACCAAACCAUCCAAGAGACCCAAGUCCUAAUCUCAAGAAAAGGCUAAGGCAAAGGUGUAUGUCUGUCAUUGAAGGGGGUGUCCAUCCAUCGCGACUUGAUAUGAUCACACCAAGUGAAGGUCAAACCUGCCAAAUGCGGCGCUCGCAGUCUGCAACAUUUGAGCAUGACCUGGGAAACAUGCUGGAUGCAUCAACUAACAAAGACUUAGUUGCAGAUUUUAGUGGGCCAUACACUUUACCGUUGAUACCAGGACAACAUGAAGACUUGAAAUGUUUGUCUCCAGAAACGGUUGCACGUGUCUUAGAUAAUGAAUUUCCUGAAGUGGAGGCUCACAUCAUUGACUGUCGCUACCCUUACGAGUACAAUGGAGGUCACAUUAAGGGUGCGAAAAAUAUUUACAGUAAGGAGGAUAUUUACAGCGAAUUCAUCGAAAAGCCGAAGAGAAGUUUAACGGGAAAGAAAACAGUUUUGAUAUUUCACUGUGAAUUCUCGUCCAAGAGAGGACCAGACAUGUCUCGUUACUUGCGGAAUAGGGACCGUGAUCUUCAUUACCAUGUCUAUCCAAAGUUGUUUUACCCUGAGUUGUACCUCUUAGAAGGCGGCUACAAAGCAUUCUUCGCGAAGUGCAAGGAAUAUUGUGAACCUCAGUUCUACCUGCCAAUGUUAGAUGAGAACCACGCGCAAGACCUGAAGCUGUUCACUAAAAGAUCCAAAUCAGAGGGAAACAUCCUCUCAAAAGGGUUUCGACCGGGACUAGGAUAUAAACGAUAAAUUGCUCGGAUCUUCUUCUUUGCGGUGUGACUCUCUUUAUCAAUCUGUAAUCAAUUCUACGCAGAGCCUUCUAGCCUCUAAAUUGAUUUUGCAAUUCAGAUAACGUCUUUCCUUUGGUUUUAGUGUGUUUUUUCAGGCCGUUAAUUUAUUUAUCAUCCUGGCCCGUGUUGUUGGAAGGUUGGAUAACCCAAUCCACUGGAUAAAUUUCUGCUCAGUGGAUAGUGAAGCACAUUUUGUAAACACGUCCGCUGGAUGGCGGUUUAUCCCGUGGAUAGCAUUAUCCACCCUUUAAACAAGUAGGCCAGAGCAAUUCUAGUUUUCAAACUUUCAACUGGAAAUCUCGUUAUUCUCUUCAAGAAAAUAGCUUAAUAUAUCUUUUUUUUUCCGUUUGAAUCGUUUGUUAGUGAACUACAAAACAUUGCCUAAUCACAAAAUGUAGAUUAAUUUUACGAAUGUUUUUAAUGACAAUUAAAUUGAUAAUUAUACUCUACAUAGACUUAGUAAUAAUCCAAGAGCUCUUUUGAGUGAAAAUUUAAGAAUUUCGCAGUCUCAACAGCUGGCUGUAAAUUAAAACAGACGAAGCGUACUCAACGUGCAACUUGCUAUUUUAAGUUUGGGAUUUUCUGGGGCGUUAGAUUCUCCUUCGACUUACCUCAAGUAGUUAUGAAGGACUUUUUUUCAGCUGAAAAAAAUUCUCAAUUGUAUAGUCUGGUGACUUAAUGAUUAUUUUUCUCAAUUAUUUUCGUAUUUCUUGUAUUACACAUUUCAUAAGCUUUCUUUUCUGUUCUUUUUUGCAUGCUAAAUUCUUUCCUAAGCGCCAUUGUAUUAUAAUAUUAAUUGUGUAGAACUUGU